CUCCCAUUCCAAGUUUGGAAACAUGGCACUGAGUUGGACUAUAUCCGAACUUACGCUUUCCGAGCUGGUGGCCAUGACUCUACUCAACCUCAUUCAGCUUCCUUGCUGUUGCAUGCCAACAACACGGCAUUCUGGCACGCAACCCGGCGGGUAUGCAUGGGAGGUGAUUCGUGCCAAAAUUCGACGAUGUGACGAACCCGUUUUGUUCGUCUGGAGGAUCGAGGCGUGAUUCGUCGGGCGGAGGCGCGUUUGUUCCAGUGGAGAGGCGUGUCUCGUCGAGCGGAGGCGCGUUUUUACGAGUGGAGAGGCGUGUCUCGUCGAGAGGAGGAGGCAAUUUUUUUUUUCAAGUGGAGAGGCGUGCCAAGUCGAGAGGAGGAAGGAGGCAAGUUUCUUCGUGUGGAGAGGCGUAUCUCCACCGUCGGGUUCCCAGAACCGCCUCCGGUCAAAGGGCAAGGAUGGCUAUUCAUACACGGCUAGUAUGGCUGACCUUCAAGACCGCGCACCGCGCUCUCAAGAAGCUGCUGCUGCAGCUGAGAGGUCGCACUCACCAGCUGCUCUAGGUCUGACAUCCGGGCUCUCACGACGUGUCCAGCGCCGCAUAAACCGCGCCCCUCCCGCUGAACGAGACCCGCCUUCUCCACACUUUCGCGCUCCUCUCUCCACUUCAAAAAACUUGCCUCCUCCUCUCGACGAGACACGCCUCUCCACUCGUAAAAACGCGCCUCCGCUCGACGAGACACGCCUCUCCACUGGAACAAACGCGCCUCCGCCCGACGAAUCACGCCUCCUCCAGACGAACAAAACGGGUUCGUCACAUCGUCGAAUUUUGGCACGAAUCACCUCCCAUAGGCGGGUGCAUCAAAUAGAAUUCCGUUAGUCAUGUUGGGAUUGGACGCGUGGAGGAAGGCCACUUCUCGUUUGAUUGCUGUGGAUUCCCAUCUUUCUAUACCUGCGGCCGAGAAGAGGCUGUCCACUCUUCUGCAAGAACUGAAUGAUCUUGCAUUCCCAAUAGAAGGACUUGCGGAGGCGGAAGUUCACCAGUUCCUGGGCGACGUGACGCAAGUACCUACGUUAACCCCCUGCACAGUACCCUGCGUGGCACAGCUCUGUUUCUCCAUUCUUACCAAGCAAGGAAAUUCCCCUACACAGCAUGUGGUUGACCGACUUUUUGGGUUUUUCUCUGAUUGGUUGCCAGUUGCUGACCCAGCAACGGAACUCCUCUACACUCUGUCACUACUCGAACCUUCUUUUGCUGUUCCCAAGGUCCUCUGUCGUACUGUGGCCUCUAUGGCUGUAGAGCCAUCUGUCCAGCAAGAUGUCCGGAGAGCAGCCCUCCACUGCCUAACAGGACUGUGUGGCAGGAAAUGCGAAUUCGGCAGUGAACAAUAUUGGCCGCUGGACCUGCUUAGCACUCAGCUACUUGCAGCUGCUAAGAACCACCCGGACUCUGCGUAUGUUGCAAAGCUGGUGCUGUCCCAGUUGCGUGCCAUCCACUCAAUACUGAGGACUACAAGUGAGACUUCUCUGCUGCCUCUGCUCCCUGACCUGCUUGCAGGGCUCAGGUUCUUCAUGGCCACUGGUCUUCCUGGCCAGCCAUCAGCUGUUACCCCCCUCCCCUAUGCCAGCAUCCCCAGCUCGACUAAGAUGAAGAAGAGCAAAAGUCCAGCAGUGUCAGUGGCUGAGCCGAAUCUCCUGUUGCAGCACUCCCAGGUCCCCCGGCCUCUGGCAAUGAGGUCUUCCUCAGCUCCUACUUCAUCUGACAGUGACAUGUCAGACAAUGAAGGUCAUGAUGCCACUAUCACAAAAUCUCUGGCUGCCAAGCUCCGCCUCCAGUCUCUCCUGUGCCUCACUUCCCUCUUCUCUGCCCUGAGUCCUCGAAACACCUUCUGCUAUUGGCAGUCAUUUCUCCCUGAUGGUCCUCGUCUUCCCAACUCCCCUCCCUCCCUCUUGUCCUGUGUCCUCAGAGACACCAAUCACAAGUGUCGAUCUGCAGCACUGGCUGUCCUAUGUGCCAUGCUAGACCGCUCCAAGCCUCUUCUAGCUGCAGCUGAUGACCGCCUGCAUCACUCCUUGGGAUUGGCAUUCACUCCCUUCUCUUCUCAUUUGGGAGCCAUGUUGCGAGAGGUCCAUCAUCGUCUCCUACUCUCCCUUGGAACUGAAACACAGCCGACAGUACUCACACGAGCUGCUCGCUCUCUGGCUCUGUUGGCCGCUAACACUCCGUAUCAGCAACUGAGUUCAGGCUACGCUACUCGAAUGCUCUCUGCCUUGCAGUGUCUGUCGCAACACAAAGACAUUGAUGUGCGUGUGGCCUGCCUCACUAGCUGUGGAGCUAUACUCUCCAUAUCCCCUAGUCUCCCAGAGGUGGAGGCUUGGCUGUCUGGUUCACCGUGGCUUCUGCUCUGGUGCACUGCUCUGCUCCAGCCCACCUCUCCAUCACCCCCUAAUCCGCUGUGCACCCAGGCCUUGCAAGUGCUAGCAGCUGCUGCCAGGUUUUAUUUUCAUUCCAUUGAAGGUAAUUGGGUGACUCUGGUAGAGCUGUCCAUUUACCAUCUGACUACUCCACAGCAGCAACAGCACAGUCUCAAGUUACUUGAGGAGCUCACUAGGGCCAGUAGUGACUGGGCUGAGGCAGGGCAGCUCUGGACACGGCUCCUGGAGGGUCCUCUCACCGCCAUUCUGCAGGACCACAGGUCCUCACCACAGUGUGCUCAGGCAUGUGCUGUCCUCGCCACCCUCUCCUCUCCUGCCAUGAGUCAGCUGAAGUCUUCACUGCAAGCACUAGCUAUAACCCUACCUCUGGGCCUGAGCAGAGACGCUACCGCCGCUCCCUCUGUCUCCUCCGGUGCAGUCAGGGUACUGGGUGUCUACUGCACCUUCCCUAGUCUGAGACAGGAUCAGGCCUUUCUCCAGGACAGCCAACUGGCUGUUCUUCAUGCUUUGGCCAGUUCCAAUCAACAGAUGAGAGUUCAAGCAUCUUGGGCCCUUGCCAACCUCUCAGAUGCUCUUACCGUGAGCAACUUCAAACUGAGUUCCUCUUUUUACCACGAGAUUUUGAGUGGUGCUAGCAAGGCAUUAAAUGACAAAGACAUGGUGAAGUGUAAUGCAGUGCGUGCCCUUGGAAACAUCCUAAGAGUAAUUCCAGGUCCGUAUCAAAGAGUGCCACAUCUCAGAGUUAGUGUCAGCCAUUCCCCACAUCAUAGAACAACCGGAGGACAAAGUCCUCUCUCUGAGCUCUCAUAUCUCCAGCUGCAUCUCCAUGGGAACUGUGAAGUUGAGAUGGAAUGCAUGUUAUGCCUGUCACUCCAUAUUCAGCAGCACUCCAACAUUCUCUGCCCAGUACCCUGCAGCGGCCGUAAGAGAUGUUAGUACCCUCUCUGUUCACUGUUUCUUGUAACUCGAAUCUCAGAAUCUUCUCCUGGAAACCUUGUGUGAAACUGUCUCUACCUGCCCCAACUUCAAAGUGUGCACUAAUGCCUCACUGGCUCUGACUUCACUUCCUUCAUAUACUGCCACUCAAAUGAAGAAGGUUUGGUCAGCUACACUCACCAGCUUUGAGCACAGCCUCCAACAUCAUGACUUCCCCGAGUUCAAACAAGCAGCCAAUCUUCAAGUCCAAUUAUGUCGCUGUGUAUGCCAUGUUCUGUGUGUGGAGAGUGACUUGGGGGAAGUUCCGUGUCACCCUCUGACCGACUCAGGUCUGAGAGCUCUUGCUGCCUGCCUCCACUCCAUGCACACAUCCACUGAAGACAGGACAGUGCUGGAGUCCACCAGCAGAAAGCUGGAGUCGUUUGCUGCUGCAGUGCAAUCCCAUACCGCUUUGACUCACAUAUACUCCGUUCUACGGACAUUAUUGCUGACUUAGCUGUGAUCUCAUAAUAGAAUUUUUGCGGUGCGUGCGUGUAAAGGGUGGGGCUCAAUGGCAAGGCUGCCAUGGCUAAGUGUCGGUUCUUCCAGUUCCGAGCUGGAGUCCGUCAGUUCAGUUUCUCUGCUCCACUCCAUCUAUGGCUCUCAGGUGUCGCAGAUACUGCUGGCUUCAGACGACAGCAACGCCGGGCUACCCCAACGUCUUGAGCCGACUGCAGACCGCUCCAGGCGUCCCAAGUCCUCGCCUGCAGUCACACGCCUUGAGCGGGAUCAGAGAUCGCCGCCUUCUGCGGACGUAGCUUUUCGUGCCCGUCCGGCGACUGCGUGCGUGCGUAGACAAGUAUCCUUAGCGCAGACUGCUGCGAGGCCCAGAUCCGCCCUACCGUCAUCGAUGCACGUAGAAGACUUGGAGGAUGAGCUGGUCCUCUCCAGAACAGCCAUUCACGAGACGAAACCUGUAGCACUCACAAGAGUUCCUGAGUAUGUCAAUUUCUGGCAGGGAAAACCUCUCUCUCAGAGAGAGGAUGUCGUUCCCUCUCACACACGGAGAGCAUGGAAAAGGCCAAAAAGUGACUAUGGUUCUCGGUUCCUGUCUCAUGGGACUGGCAGCAAGGCUCUGGCUACUGUGCUUGAGGGAGCAGAUGACUCACUUGCUUCUGCUAACAAGUCUGGAGGUGAUACUUCCAGAAACUUGUCACAGUCUGGUGGCCAUGACAAAAACUCAAAGGAUGGAAGGUCCAGCUCUAGCAGAGUUUCACUAUCACACAGUGGAGCUGGGUGGGGAGGUGCUAGGGGUGAUGUGGACAGUAGAAAGGGGAAGGAAAAGAGGGAGGAUAAGAACAGAAGGUUUGGAGCUGCAAGUAUGUGGGCACAGAGAUCACAGGGCACACGGAGAAAACAGAGCACUGCUAGCAGCUCUGGAGAUAAUGAGGAUGAUCACUUCCACCAAGAUAAACACUUCCACUCACGAUUGCUGGAUAUAGGAGGGAGUUACUCCCGGGGCACCAGGUUUGAGCUGCCUAUGGACAUUCAACUACUUGAACGAAUGUCACCACUUCAAUAUUUGAAAUCACACUGCAUUAUAAGUAAUCAGCACAUGCUGCUGUGCUCUAGAGUGUUCACUAAACAUGACAAGGACAGGGAUGCACAUCUUUCCAAGGAGGAGCUGAAGGGAGCACUGAAUCAGGCUCUGAAUGGCUGUCUCUCUGCAAGCCAGGCAGAGGACCUGCUGGAGCUCGUGCAGUACCCUCCAGAGGCCAGGGCAGAUCUGCAGCUCUUUGCAGCUCUCUGCUGCCUUGCUGGCCGUGCAUUUUCCCUGAACAUCCUGCCGGCUGCAGUGGGAGGAAAGGAAGUGAUUGAAAGCGUGGAUUUUGAGGCUUUGGAGUGGAAGCUCCGAGGGUGCUCCAUAGGACCACCACUUCGAAACAUCUUUGCACUUCUUUGAUCAUUCAACAACACACUUUUACUAAUGAUCUUUCACUAAUGGUAAAAGUCAUGAUGGUAUGGGGUCAUGAAUUCUCUCAAAAUGUCAUCUGUGAUAGCCUUGCGUCGCUCCCUGUGUUGGCCUAUCAAGUCUUGCAAUACAGAGACCAGCUCUUUUUUCAGUUCUCCUGUCAACAUUUUGCCACUCCGGUAGUCCUGUUCAAUCUGAGCUAGACGGUUGUC